GAGAAGGAAUAGAAGAAAAUUGUGCUUUUAUUGUUUAUUCCAAUCUUUAACUGUGAAAUCAAUAAAUAAUCAUCGUGAUUGCAAUGCAUUAGACACAAAUUGGCUGAUUAUAUUACGAAUCGCUCAUAUAUGGAAGUAAAACGUCAAAGGAUGAAUUUUCCACUCAGUUUCGAUGGAGCUUUAUGGAUGAAACGGUUGACCUUGAUGCAUCGAAGAAACAAAUGCAAAAUAGUUGAAUGUUCAUUUUCGAUUUUACGGUCUUGGAAAAGAAAAAUAACAAAUAACAACAAAAAAGGAAUACGAACGUUUUGAGAAGAAAUUAUUAAGAAAAUAGUAUACUUUCGGAGUAGUAGAUGCUUGAGAAAUUUACACAAUUAAAUAAUGCAGCAAACAGGAAAAUUUUUCGGGAGAAUCUUCGUUAGGUUGAAAACUGUCUUUUGUUAAAUUCACUCAUGACAUUUUCAACGAUCUCGAGAGUUGGAGAUUGUCCCAGUGGGGUCAUAAGUCGACUACAAAACGCUUAUCACAUCCCAACUGUGAAGGAUUAACGGCUAUAACUAACGGUGAAAAUCAACCGGUUAAAUGUGGUUCAACGGUUGAGUUGGGAAUCAGCAUUCAGCGACGGCAACUUUUUGUUUUUUAAUGAUCUUCUCCUCGUUAUCAUGCGUCAAUUUCUUCCUCAACGUUCCUGUGAAAUGUGCACCGGAUAAAAAAUGCGGUCAACCUCAUCUGGCAUUGUAUUGACGCUACUGCUCAUUUGCCUCGUGUUGAAAAUCAUCUCCAGCAGCUCGGAUUGCAAUGAAUAUUUGGUUGGGCAACGUGGUAUCAUUCAAACGCCAAAUUUUCCACGUCCAUUCUCAGUGCCAAUCAAUUGUCGAUGGAUCAUUGACGCAUCCGAGAUCCCUUCGACGAACAGAUCGAUUGUUGUCUAUUUUACGCAAUUGUUUGCCUACACUGGACUCAAAUUCACUGAAUAUGCAUAUUACGAAUCGGAGAAUUCAAAUUACGGUGGGACAUUACUUAACGAGAUCAAUGAGGCGAAUAUUUUUCAAUUCCGUUGGUUCAAGACGUAUAUGCCAUUUCUUGUGAUUGAAUUUCAUUUGGAACGAUUGGAGGGUAAUCAUGUGCGUGUUUUGGACAAUCUUCUCGAUGUCUAUGGAUUCAAUAUGACCUAUGAGAUAAGUGACGGUGAAAUCAAUGAGAAUAGCUGCACUGUCAAGGACUGUUCAUUCUCGGGAAACUGUUACAUCGACGCGGAGUUCACUUCUUUCUCGUGUGUAUGUUUUCAAGGCUUCAGCGGUGAAAAUUGCGGAUUCGGUCCACUCUGCAAAGAGAAUGCUCAAAACUUGGUUUGCCGCAAUAAUGGCACAUGCAGGCACGUCGGAGCUGCAGCGGUGCGAUGUCAUUGUGCCACCGGAUAUACAGGAAAUGUUUGCGAGAUUCCACCCACGCGCUCACAGGACACUGAUUGCGAGGGAGAAAAUUGUAUACUCCAAUGUUCUUAUCCAGGAAAAAACCGGAAACCCUGCCAGUGCAAACACAGCAUAAAAAUCUACAACAAUCGAUCGAGAUACGAAUGCAGGAUAAAAUUGUCCAAUGUCACGUCCCUCCGGGCUAGUCUUCUCACUCAACACGGCACCAUAGAGUCUCUUCUCAGUCGACAGCUUACAAAGUAUUUAAAAACGGCGAGCAUCACUUCAAUGGAGGACUUAAAAAUCCUGAGCGUGACACCUUCGUCGGAAGUGACUUUUCAUUUUUUCGGAAACUCUCAGGAUGGGGAUAAAAUUCGAGAAGCACUUAAUCGUCUCGUUCAACUACGACGUCUAAACGAAAUCACUCUUGAAUCCACACACUUCACCUUUCAGCAGAAACCAUCACUCAGACUUCAGAGCUUACGUAUCAACCAAGUGAACGAGCAUCAGGUGCGAUUGGGUGACCAAUUCAUUUUAUCUUGCGUUGCACAGGGAAGUUAUAAUAUUGCCUUUACAUGGUACAAGGACAACAUGCUUGUCAAUAUGAGUAAAGCCACCAGAGAAAUUUGGUACAGGCACUUACCGAAUGAUGGAUCGGAUUUGCACACAUCUUUAUUGACAAUAGACAAGGCGACGCUCCUCGACGAAGGAAAAUAUACGUGUCAAGUUGUCGAUUGGGGAAUGCAGCAAUGCAAAAGUAUUUACAUUGAAAUCAAAGAUGAAUCGGACGUUAAAGUUGUUCCAAUGAGUGCGACUCUGGAAAAGGGCGGAAAUAUUCAGUUGAUGUGCAUUACUCCAAAUAUGAGAAGUCUGGGAAUUGGAUUUGGCUGGACGAAAAAUCGAGCACUUUUGAAAUUAGAACCAGGAAGUGAAGUUUGGGAAGAUCUCUAUCCAGCCGGAAGUAUUUUAAAUAUUACAAACGCUCAGAAAUCUGCAAUAUAUACCUGUAACGUUGCCUUAAGGUCAAUGUCAGUUCGUGUGGAAGUUGUGAAUCGAACUUUGAUUCCUCUUUGUCCGAAGGAAAAAUCCUGGGGCUUAGAAUGGUCCGAAACUGGUCCUGGAACGGAAGCACUUCUUGAUUGUCCUCGACAUUUUAUUGGACGUCACGCGUCCAGACUUUGUUCAAUGAAAGACGCAACUUUAACUGGUUGGCAGAAUCCUGAUUUUUCCAGUUGCCUCUAUGAACCUUUAAUAUUUCCUUAUAACAAGUUUCGUAGUUUGACACUUGGCUAUCAAAAUACAACUGGUUCAGAAACAAUAAAUGAACUGUGGAAUAUUUUACGAAAUCGAUCAUCCUCAUUCUAUCCGGGCGAGGGUGAUAGGAUUUUAAAUAUCCUCGCUGAGAUAGAAUUAUAUCAAUUUAAUAUUGAUGAUACGAGAGAUUUGGCCAACUCGGCAGAGGCUAUGAUUGGAAUAAUAAAUAGAAUUCUAGAAGAAGAAAGUGCGAUAUACAAUCAACAGAAAUUACAUCUUUUGAAGCACUUGACACAGAGAACUUUGACCCACUGGACCAAGGAGUCAAUGGAUGCUCAUAAACAUCUGAGCAUGUCUUCUCUAAUAUUAGAUAUGCAAUCUCUUCAAGUGAGAAAUAAUUAUGGAACAAUGAUUGUACCUUCCGAUAAUUAUGUAUAUCCAAGCUGGUAUGAUGAUAAAAUUAUGAUUCGAUCUCUACGACAACAAAUUGCUCCGACAUCAAAUUUUUCUGUCACUGGCAGUGUCAUCGUUUUUCGAAACUUAACACAUCUCAUGCCCCGAAUAUUCGAAAAGAAAUUAGACGAUGGAAGCGAUUUAAAAUAUCAAAUUGAUUCUCGAGUGAUUAUGGUAACAGCUUCGAAUCAUUUUCCAAAAGAUAAAGAUAAUAUUUGGGUCGAUUUGCAAAUGCGCCAUUUAAGUAACCAGACAUUAAUGUGGAAUGUUUCCUGUGGUUUUUUGGACAAUUCCGGAUUAUGGGAUUUAAACGUUUGCUCACUAACUCCAUUGCCAGAAGAAAGAACUGUUCAAUGCCUUUGUCCAAGUACAGGGAUAUUUGCCGUAUUUCUCACAUCCCGUGCUGCUAAAAUUACUGAAUCGAAAAGUGAGAAAACACAAUUAAUUGUGGUAUUUGGCUGUGGCAGUUGUUUACUUCAGUGUCUAUUUUCUUCUCUAAUUAUCGGACUGUUCUGGUGGAAUAAUCGAACGUGGCUCAACUUUCUUAAAUUGCAAUGUUGCGCUGCAAUUAUUGCAGCAAUGGGAAUGUUCAUUUAUGCAGUGAACAACAAUAUUCCCGAGAGUUCCUGGUCCAUUGUGGCAUUAAGUCUGGAGACUUUUCUCCUCGUUGCUAUGACAGCGCCAAUAUCUCAAGCGCUAAUCAUUUACGCCGAGCUUACAAACAUCCGUCCUAGCCACCACCUGCAACCAACAGUAAUUGCCGUUAUUACUGGUGUUCCAAUUUUGUCAGUAUUGGCAACGGAAUUAAUUCAUCAAAGCGCAGGUUGGCGACAUGAAUCAUGGUGGUUAAUUUUCGGUAGUGGUGUCUAUAAUAUAUUUAUAACUUGCACAGCCAUGAUGCUACUUAUUUUCGGUUUAUUAUAUGGUGGUGUAUUGCUCAGAAGUCAAGCCCUCGUUAAAAGGAGUAUUGUAAAAAAAGAGUCUAUUAUAACGAGUGUGCAUAUGGUUCAUCGAACAACUGUCAUUGUUUGUGGAAUUAUCAUAAUGGAAGCAUCGUCAGUAUUUUAUAUAAAUUCUUCAUCAAUUAUUUUUCAUUACGUGUUCGCAGUCUCGGCAGCUUUGCUCGGGUUCAUUAUUUUCAUGACAUAUGUUGUAAGCAGCGAGCUCAAGUGCUUGAUUUUCAAAUGUAAAGCGAGGCAUAAAGGAGGCAUUGAAGAGGAAUGCAUCUCUGAUCAAAUUAAAGUGUGCUCGAAAAUGAAUCCCGAAGUGGAGAACGAUUUGGCGCCAACGCAUCUUCUCACUGAGACAUAUCGGGAAUCACGUGGCAUUGCGGCGGGCAGUCUCGACAUGAGGGACUACAUGAAUGAAAUAACCGCCUACCCAAAGUCUUCCUCCGUCCCUGUAAAAAGUAGAUUUUUACCCGAGAUUCGUAUCGACAAUUCGGACGAUAUAAAUCUCGAGAAUUACAAUACAAGUCCACGUAAAUAUCAAGAGACAAAAUUAGAUUCAAAAUUUACAAAUCGACAUUCAAUUGAUCCUUAUAUUACCGAGGCGUAUACAAUGAAUGAAUGUUGUACCACUUUUCGUGACUUUGCCAAAUAUCCAACGUCCCAGGAGAUACCAAUUGUUCAAGUUUGUCUACCAUCGCGAAGCGUUACACCAGAAUGUACGACGACAAUUUUAUGUAGUGCCGACGUUGAAACAACGACAACGACAACAACAACUACGACGACAAUUGGAAUGAAUUCAAUGCCCGACGUGACUCUUGCUGUAAAUAGUGAAGUGGAAUUGUUAAACAACGUGAAUAGUAAUAAUACUGAUAUUGUAAAUAAAAUAGAACACGUUACUGUUAUACCUGACAUUGCAAACACCAUGGAACGUAAACAACCAGAUGGUGAGGAAAAAAUAGCCGAGCUUAAAUUAUUAAAUUGUGAAGCGAACAGCGCCAGUGGGAUGUUGGAUCGAAUAUCUCAUGAUCUUGAUUAUCUGCUCAAUCGUACACAAACGAAUAAUGAAGAGAAAACGUAAUUCUUGUUCGAUUUUCACUUUUUUUUUUCUAUAAAUAUACAUAUUAUAUAUUUGACAACAAAAUUUCUUUCCAAUUUAUCUCAUUCAUAAUAUUUAUUAAUUAUACACAUAUAAGAAAUGUUAUUAAUAC